UGCUGGUAGUGAGAUGCGAUGCAGAAACUAAGGAGGCUUAAAGCUUGGGGAAGAUGCCCCCUUGGGAAAGAGACCGGUUUGCCACCUAGGUCAGAAGCAGAAGAAGAGGAGAGAAUCCACUCUGCUCUCUCUCCCCCCCCCCUUAGACACCCCCAACCCAAUACCUGGGCGCUGAGCAUCCCUGCUCUUGGGGGGCAGCGCCGGUUCCUGCGAUCCUUCUCAGCAUGACGCGACAGGCUUCCCAGCUCCCAGCCAAGGCGGGUCGCUUCAAGGCAGCUGUGGGGAGAUUUUGAGGGGGCUUCCCCCCCCCCACCCUCGCCUCUUCUUCCUUUCUUCCCUUUCCAGCUGGCUGCAUGAAAGACGCUACCGAUCGGACGAAGAUUCUCUGUCUCUGUUCAGCAGCCGCUGGUUGGAUUGCUGAUCCCAAGAAGAUGCUUCUGUGGAUCUUUCUGGUUUUGUCCAGCUCAGCCUCCUCAACGGAUCCAGAGACUGACUCAUCUGUGGAAAUUUGCAAUGUUUGCUCCUGUGUGUCGGUGGAGAAUGUACUUUAUGUCAACUGUGAAAAGGUUGCUGUCUACAGACCAAACCAACUGAAACCACCCUGGUCUAAUUUUUAUCACCUUAAUUUUCAGAACAACCUCCUGAUCAUCCUCUAUCCAAAUACCUUUCUUAACUUUUCUCACGCUGUGUCCUUGCAGCUGGGUAACAAUAAAUUACAGAACAUUGAGGGAGGAGCUUUUCUGGGUCUCAGUGCAUUAAAACAGUUGCACCUGAACAACAAUGAAUUAAAGGUCCUCAGAGCCGACACUUUCCUUGGCAUCGAGAACUUGGAGUAUCUCCAAGCUGACUACAAUUUAAUCAAAUAUAUUGAACGGGGCGCCUUCAACAAGCUUCACAAGUUGAAGGUCCUCAUUCUGAAUGACAAUCUGAUUGCUUUCCUUCCAGACAAUAUUUUCCGUUUCGCUUCUCUAACCCACCUGGAUAUACGUGGGAAUCGAAUACAGAAGCUGCCCUAUAUUGGGGUGCUGGAACACAUUGGACGCAUUGUUGAGCUGCAAUUGGAAGAUAACCCUUGGAAUUGUACGUGUGAUCUGUUGCCUUUGAAGGCAUGGCUCGAGAACAUGCCCUAUAAUAUCUACAUUGGAGAAGCCAUUUGUGAGACCCCCAGUGAUUUGUAUGGGCGGCUGUUGAAAGAAACCAACAAGCAAGAGUUGUGUUCCAUGGGGACAGGGAGUGAUUUUGAUGUGCGUAUCCUACCUCCCUCACAGCUGGAGCCAGGCUACAACGCGCCCAAUGGCCACACAACACAGACGUCCAUGCACCGAUUAGUCACCAAGCCUCCCAAGACGACAAAUCCUUCCAAGAUAUCAGGAAUAGUUGCAGGAAAAUCACUCUCUACCCGCAACCUCAGUCAAAUAGUAACUUUUCAAACCCGAGUGCCACCCCUGACCCCUUGUCCACACCCCUGCGUUUGCAAAACACACCCCUCGGAUUUGGGAUUAAGUGUCAAUUGCCAAGAACGCAAUAUCCAGUCGUUGGCCGAACUGGUCCCCAAGCCACUGAGCGCCAAGAAACUUCACGUGAAUGGCAAUUAUAUUAAGGAUGUGGACACUUCUGAUUUUGCUGAGUUUGAAGGGCUGGAUUUACUUCAUCUCGGCAGCAAUCGAAUUGUGGCGAUCAAAGGGGAGGUUUUCCGCAACCUUACAAAUCUACGGAGAUUGUAUCUCAACGGCAACCAGAUCGAACGGCUUAGUCCUGAAAUGUUUUCCGGCCUCCACAACCUCCAGUACUUGUAUUUGGAAUACAAUGUCAUCAAGGAAAUCUUAGCAGGCACUUUUGACUUGAUGCCAAACCUGCAGCUACUCUACCUGAACAACAACCUCCUGCGAAGCCUGCCGGCCUGCAUUUUUGCCGACCCCCCACUGGCCCGGCUGAACCUGAAGAACAACCAUUUCAUGUACCUGCCUGUCAGUGGUGUGCUUGAUCAGCUCAAGUCCCUGACGCAAAUUGAUUUGGAAGGAAAUCCGUGGGACUGCACGUGCGACCUGGUGGCUCUGAAACUCUGGUUGGAGAAGCUCAACGAAGGCAUUGUGGUGAAGGAGCUCAAAUGCGAGACACCCGUCCAGUUUGCAAACAUCGAACUCAAGUCGCUCAAAAACGAGAUAUUGUGUCCCAAACUAUUAAACAAGCCCUCGGCUCUUUUUACGAGCCCCGCACCUGUGAUCACGUUUACGAUGCCGCUGGGUCCAAUACGAAGUCCUCCAGGUGGUCCAGUACCCUUGUCUAUCCUCAUUUUAAGCAUCUUAGUGGUGCUCAUCUUAACUGUCUUUGUCGCUUUCUGCCUUCUGGUCUUUGUGCUCCGACGCAACAAGAAACCAUCAGUGAAGCAUGAAGGUCUUGGGAGCCAAGAAUGCAGCUCCAUGCAGCUCCAGCUACGGAAGCAUGACCACAUGUUGAAUAAGAAGGACACUCUCGGGGCUGAAGCCUUCAUCCCUCAAACCAUCGAGCAGAUGACCAAAAGCCACUCGUGCGGCUUAAAGGAGACGGAAACGAGUUUCACAUUUGCCGAACCACCGGGGCAGAAAGUAAUCUUGCGGAAUAAUAGCGACAAGGAUAAAGAUUUAUUGCAUAUGGAUUCCAGGAAAAGACUUAGCACAAUUGAUGAACUGGACGAGCUAUUCCCAGGACGGGAUUCUAAUGUAUUUAUUCAGAAUUUUCUCGAAAGCAAAAAGGAGUACAACAGUAUAGGGGUCAGUGGCUUUGAGAUACGGUAUCCGGAGAAACAGCAAGACAGGAAAAACAAGAAAUCAUUAAUAGGAGGUAAUCACAGUAAGAUAGUUGUCGAACAAAGGAAGAGCGAAUAUUUUGAACUAAAAGCCAAGCUUCAGGGCUCCCCAGACUAUUUACAAGUCCUUGAAGAACAGACAGCUUUGAAUAAAAUCUAGGUCAUGCAAUCUUAUUUCCUACCGAGGACAUUUAUUUAAUGAUGCAAGUGCCUUUUGUUGACUUUUAAUUUCCAAAUAUGAUAUUCUACUGGUAGGCCUAGAGGCAGGUGAUCCAAGGGGUGUGUGAUGAGCUCCAAAUAGAUUUUAUUGCGUGAAACUCUUGCCCUGUGGGAUCCUCUAAGGGAUACUGCAAAACUCUAUGGUCAAAGUGUUGCUUUAUACACGUAUUACACUGAAUUUAACCUCAAGAGGCAUAUAUGUUUUGUACCCUAAUGGCGAAACUUUUCAUCUCCUUGUGAUUUGUGAAAGCAAAUGCACAAGACACACACACACACACACACACACACACACACAGAGCGAGAGCAAAGAGAGAAACUGGCACCAGUGUUUGUACCUCAGCUGAGAUCCAGUUUGAGUGUGGAUUAAAGUUGGUGGAGGAACUGGAGUCCAUCUGUCCCUUUGGUUUGCAGUGUCGUAAGUGGCACUGUCUUAGAGAUUCUCUGAAAAGUUUUUACAAAAAAAAAAAGCAUGCAAAAGAAAGAACAUUCGAUAGUAUGUGUAAAAUUGGUUACCUUUAUGGCCUGCAUCUUGAAACCGCUGGAUUUAUAAUGUUAAAUUGUGCAGAAAUCUUUGUUGAAAAAUAAACCAUGCAUUGCAUCCCUACGGAUCAAUCUGACCAUUUGACGCAUACCACAAAUCGGCAUAAAAUCAAACCGACCAGCCCACCAUGAUAAACCAACAAAAGAGAAAUGGCACCAUUCAUAAACAGUUGGAAGAAAUGUCUUGAUGUGAGACUAUCCUGUGGCUUCACAACCCGUUGACCCUUUCUCAGUGAUGUGCUACUCCUUUCAACCCCACAAGGUUGUCCAAAAUUUUCAAAAAUUUGCUUGCUGUGUGAGCGUUUCAGAAAUUAUUUUUGUAAUAUAAUUCAUAUUUAUGAAAUACUUUGUAUACUAAAUAGGGAAAAAAAUUAUGUACUCCUCAAUAUGUAUUUAAAUAUGCCUGAUUUGUUUUCCUGGUCACAAAGAUGCAUUAAUCAUUCAGUAUAAUUUAAAAAAAAGAGAACAAUAUACCAAACAGAAACUGUUGAACUGUAUAGAUUUAUUCAAGAGUCAAUGUGAUCAGGUCUAAAGAAGAAUAAUGAUAAUAAAAUUAUGUUCUGUA